AUGCUGACGAACUCCUUUCAUCCGGACGACUCUAUUCUGCCGAAACCGCGCUCUCCGCUUCUCCCAGAGCACCUGUCGCUGCGCCACCGCGACGUAGCCGUUCAACAGCAGCCGCCGAUCGUGUCCCGACUCGGAGUCCACAGCUCUGCCGCAAACACCGCCGUCGUUCCAGCCGCGGGGAACGGGUCAAGCGCGGCCGCUGCGGCAGCGGCGUGUGUCGCGGGGAUAAGCACGGAAUCCGAUUCGGCGGCCUUAAAUUCGGACCCCCCGCCGUCCCUAGAGAAUAGUGGCGCGGAAGUUGCGGAACCUUCACUUCCAGCAGCGCAAGGUCGAGGCGCAGUUGCCGUUGCGGAAUUUUCCCGAGACUCUGGCGCAGACUGCGGAUCCCCCAUUGUGCUUGCGGAACCCGCAGUGGUUGCGGAACCCGCAGCUGUUGCGGAUCCUUCAGGGCUUGCUGAACCUGCAGUGCUUGCCGAACCUUCAGUGCUUGCCGAACCUGCAGUGGUCGCGGAACCCGCGCCGCGGAAGAACGCGCCGGGGAUGCAGUUCCAGGUGGUGCCGCAACGCGCGCGGCCCCUUGCGUCGGCGGAGGCGCUGAGCGCGAUGACGCGCGCGGAGCUGGUGGCGGAACUGCGGAGCCUGCAGGCGGACCACGAGAAGUACCGCCAGGAAGUGGCGUUUCAGAAGGAUCUGCUGGCGUCCGUGGGGCAGUCCGUGAUCUGCACGGACCUCGCAGGCACCAUCACCUACUGGAACAAGGCGGCGGAGGCGAUGUAUGGGUGGCGGGAGGAGGAGGCGAUGGGGCGGAGCAUAAUCGAGGUCACCCCAGCAGACACGACGGUGCAGCAGGCGGGGGAGAUCUUCGCUGCUCUCUCCCGCGGGGACGUGUGGCGCGGCGAGUUCCUCGUGCGGCGCCGCGACGGCUCGCCCUUCCACGCCAUGGUCACUGACACGCCCAUCCUCGACCCCGAGGGGAAGCUCGUCGGCGUGAUCGGCGUCUCCGCGGACAUCAGCGACUUGAAGCGCAAAGAAGGGGAGAUUCGUGCUCUCAACGCGGCGUUAGAGCAGCGGGUUGAGGAGCGCACGGAGCAGCUGAUGCGGUCCAACGAGGCACUCAAGUCGGAGAUCGAGCAGCACCUAAGAGCGCAGGAGCACCUGCGGCGCUGCAUCCGGGACCUGGAGGCGUCGCGGGAUAAGAUCUCGCAGCAGUCGGCGGCUCUGGAGCGGCUGGUGGGGCAGCUGAGAGAGGCACGGGUGGAGGCGGAGUCGGCCAACCGGUUGAAGAGUCGCUUUCUGGCGUCCAUGAGCCAUGAGAUCCGCACGCCCAUGAAUGGGGUUCUUGGCAUGACGCGUCUGCUGCUGUCAACGCCACUGCAGGAGGAGCAGAGGCAGUUUGUGGACACGAUUCGCAGCAGUGGAGACGCAUUACUCACCAUACUCAACGACAUCCUCGACCUCUCCAAGAUCGAGGCCGGCGAGCUGGAGCUCGAGCACCGCGAUUUUGACCUCUGCCGCUGCCUUGAGGACGCCGUCUCCCUGCUUGCUAUCCGGGCCAUGGAGAAGGGAGUGGCAGUGGUGAGCUUCGUCGAACCCAAUGUGCCCCGGGUUGUUCGAAGCGACUCCGCGAGACUAAGACAGAUUCUUGUGAACCUGAUAUCGAACGCCAUCAAGUUCACAGAGAAGGGCGAAGUGGAGGUCACCAUCUCUGCCACCCGGCUGCCUGGCACCUCUGAGCACCACAUGCCAGAGCUACUGAAAGAGGCAGCAGCAUUGCAACAACCCGAGGGAGACAGCGGUGACACGUGCGAGGAAGCACAAGAAGAGGCAAAGGAAGAGGGGCUUAGUAGCAAGAGUGGAGGAACGAGCCCCGGGGAGUCUGCGCACAGUGGUUUUGCGGUGUGGGGCAAGGUGCUGAGUAGCAGGAGGAGGUGGCGUGGGGAGGAGACGCAGGGCAUGGAGCGGCAUGGUGUGCACUGCAUUGCAGUGAGUGUGCGGGACACUGGAAUCGGCAUUCCCAAGGAGCGAAUGAAGCGACUGUUUAAGCCGUUCAGCCAGGUGGAUGCGAGCAUGACGCGCAAGUACGGAGGCACAGGGCUGGGCCUGGCGAUUUCGCACCAUCUGGUGGGCAUGCUGGGAGGGCGCAUAUGGGCGGAGAGUGACGGGCAGGGGCGCGGAUCCACGUUCAGGUUCUACAUCACAGCGCCCGCCCUUCCCUUUGACCUAAACACGCCGAUUGAGGCGCAGCAGAAGCCGUCUGUUCCUGCUGCUGCUUCGCCUAGCAUCCAAGGAGAUGAAACUGUUCCUGCUGCUGCUUUGUCUGGCAACCAAGGAGAUGAAACUGUUCCUGCUGCUGCUUUGUCUGGUGUCCCUGCUCCUCCCCCGUCUGUUGUUUCUGCUGCUGCUGCUGCUCCUCCUCCCGCUCCUGCCUCACCCGCUGUUGCCGGUGCUACUGGCCUGUUACGGAAGCGCAAGAGGGAAGACGAGCUGUGUGCUGCAGCCACCCGUUGCGUUGACAAGCGGGCUUUGAUCCGCGAAAGGAAGACGCAGAGGAGCACAGAGGAUGCAAGCGGGAGCGCAGCAGAUAUAGGCAGUGAGAGACAGGAUGGCAUUAGCGUUACCCAUACCCAUUGUAGCAGCAGCGGUCGCUGGGGUGGUGGGGAGGGGUGUGCGUCAAGAGUGGGUGGGAUGGAAAAAAGAGAAGGUGGAGAGGAUGAGGAGAGAGGAGACGCAGGAGAAACAGAGAGCGGAGAUGGGAGGAGGGAGGAGGUGGUGCUUGUGAGGGAAAGGGCGGAUGACAAGUGGGGGGAGGGAGGGAAUGAGGGAAUGGGGGAGGGAGUGAGUGAGGUGGAGGCUGCAGUUGCUGGAUGGGAGAGAGCGCGGAGGAGAGCAGAGGGGAGGAGCGCUCUGGUGGUGCUGCCGCAUGCAAGCACUCGGCGAAUGGUGUGCCGACACCUGGCAUCCCUUGGGUUUAGAGUGGGUGAGGCGAGCAGUGGGGAGGAGGCAGAUAGGUUGAUUGAAAAAGGUGUGGGGGUGCUGGGGGGGGAGCGUGAUGGCAGUGGUGGGGAGGAGGGGCGAUGUGGCGACAGGGGUGGGGAGGAGGGGCGCGAGGAGAGGAAGGAGUAUGACCUGUUUGUGGUGGAUGCGGGGCUGCACUGGUCCCCCCCUGCACCCGCACCAUCCGGCACUGUGGCAGCCCUGGGACCAGCAGCAGCACACACAGGGGAAGCAGGAGCAGCUGAGGACACGGCACUCACUGGAGCAUCGCCGGAAGGGCGUAGAAAUGAGCCUGCGCCAGCACAGCCUGCACCAGCACAGCCUGCACAGCCUGCACCAGCACAGCCUGCACAGCCUGCACCAGCAGCAACGCUACCAGCCUGGACAGGCGCACAUACCCUUCACAGCGCUACAAGCCCCGCCAAGCUCAUUCUGCUCGUACCCUAUGGCAGCAGCAGGCAGGAAUCCCCUCCAAUCCCAGGCUUCCACGUGGCCGUUUUCACCUACCCCAUCCGCCAAACCGCCCUCAACCGCCUUGUCUGUGAGCUGCUCUCCCCGCCUCCUCUCGCUUCCCCUUCUUCCCACCUCCCAUUACUCCCCUCUCACUCCCCUCACGGGCACUCCACCAGAGGACUGGUUAGUGCUGUCAGAGUGAGCAGCAACGAGUGUUCACAGAAUAACUGUGGCAGGACAGCAGGAGGGGCGGCAGGAGCGUGUGGUGGGGGGAGGAGAGUGCGGGGACGGGCAGCAGCGAGGACAGGCGUGGAUGCAGCAGGGUUCCAGUCAGGGCUGGCACAGCAGCAUCCCCUCAAGAUACUCCUCGCCGAGGACAACCUGGUGAAUCAGAAGGUGGCCACCAAGAUGCUGGGGCGCAUGGGGUACACAUGCCACGUGGCAGUCAACGGAGCAGAGGUGCUGCAGGCGCUCCAGAAAGAGUCCUUUGACCUCAUCUUCAUGGAUGUCCAGAUGCCAGUGAUGGAUGGAAUCGAGGCAACGCAGCGCAUAACACAGAUGUGGCCGCCAAGCCAGAGGCCCAAGAUAUUCGCCAUGACAGCCAAUGUGCUGGAGACAGACCACGCCAUGUGCCUGCAGGCUGGCAUGGAUGGGUUCAUCUCCAAGCCUGUCAGCGUGCACGAGCUGGUGCGAGCCGUCGAGUUCUCCAGCCUCGCUAAGAGGUAA